GGUGUGCUUUUAUUUCAGAGUGUGUCAUUUGAGCCGGGUCUCCUGAAACUGCAGCUAACAGAACGGAGGCUGUGUUAGAUCCCCUGGGUUGUUAAGCUGGCACACCCCGGAGAGUAGGCGACAGAGCAGGCGAGAGAGACAGUAGAGGAGGGCAGGAAGCCGCACGCCUAGCCCGGCUCAUCCCUUCAACUUUGGCUUUUGCUGUGGUGAUUGUAACAGGAGGGCGAAGAGCUAGGAGAAACCCCUGAGGGAAAAGAACGAAAGGCGAGGUGAGAAACCCAACUGGAAAAGAAGUACCAGCGGGAGUGAAAACAGCCCGCAGAUGCAAACCGGGAGGCCAAAGGAAGAGGAGGAAAAGGCUGGGCUCCGGCAACCUGCUGCUGGGAUUUAGACAAAGGAGGUUUUUAGAGAGGCGGGAUCAGAUUCUAAUAUCGGCUUGAGGAGAGAGCCCGCAGCUGGGCUGGGGAAGAUGAAACGGCCGGAAUUCACAGUGACUGGAGCAUGUAACACCACAGCCAGAGCUCCCAGGAAGAAGUAAGUCUGGGAAGGGAUUUGCAGAGCUUGAUGGGCGCUGACAUCUCGCCCCUCUGUAAGGCAUGCCUCCGUCCAUGCAUUACCCCUUCAUAGUCUCUGUGACUACCGUCAUCGUUUUUAUUGUGCUCUACGUGUUAAGUUUUGGGGGAGAUCAAAGCUACCAGAAGCUGAACAUCUCAGACUCUGUGAUGCUGACUCAGGUGUGCACAUCCUUUAUCAACGGGAAAACCUCUUUCCUGUGGAGAAACAAACUGAUGAUCCAUGAGAAGCCUUCUUGCACAGAAUAUGUGACCCAAAGCCACUAUAUCACAGCCCCUUUAUCUCAGGAAGAGGUCGAAUUUCCUUUGGCAUAUGUCAUGGUCAUCCAUCAUAAUUUUGACACCUUUGCAAGGCUCUUCAGGGCUAUCUUUAUGCCUCAAAAUGUCUACUGUGUUCAUGUGGACGAAAAGGCAACAGCUGAAUUCAAAGGUGCGGUGGAACAGUUAGUGAGCUGUUUCCCCAAUGCCUUUAUGGCUUCUAAGAUGGAACCUGUGGUCUAUGGUGGGAUCUCCCGGCUCCAGGCUGACUUGAACUGCAUCAAAGAUCUGUCCACUUCUGAGGUCCCCUGGAAAUAUGCCAUCAACACCUGUGGGCAGGACUUUCCCCUGAAAACCAACAAGGAAAUAGUUCAGUACCUGAAAGGGCUUAAGGGGAAGAAUCUCACUCCAGGGGUGCUGCCUCCAGCUCACGCAAUCGGAAGGACCAAGUAUGUUCACCGGGAACACCUGAGCAAAGAGCUUUCCUAUGUCAUUAGAACCACCACACUGAAGCCUCCACCUCCUCACAACCUCACCAUUUACUUUGGCUCUGCCUAUGUCGCUCUAUCGAGAGAGUUUGCCAACUUCGUUCUGCAUGACCCCCGGGCAGUUGAUUUGCUCCAUUGGUCCAAAGACACUUUCAGUCCUGAUGAGCACUUCUGGGUGACGCUCAAUAGGAUUCCAGGUAUGUGA